AUGUCGGACAAACCAACUUUUCAUUCUUACCCCGGCUACGGUGAGGAUGCCACUAAGAGGAUGGGUUAUUCGCAAGCAUUGAGAAUAGGAAACUUCGUCAGAACUUCUGGUCAAUCUGGCUGGCAUCCGGACGGAGUCCUUCCGAAAGAUGUUGAGACCCAGGUAUUCCGUGCCUUUGAGAAUGUUAUGCAGGCAUUGAAAAGUGCCAAUCCUCAGUGCGAAUGGAGGCAUGUCAUCAGCAUAAAAAGUUAUCAUGUCGACGUCGACGCGCAGUUCCCGAAAAUGUGUGAGGAAAUUAAGCGGAGAAUGCCCCAUGGGCCUACCUGGAUGUGUACUGGUAUCCCCUAUGUGGGACUGCCGGGACUGCAUCUUGAAAUUGAGGCAGAAGCGUACGUAUACGAUGUCUAG